UCAAAGCCACCGUAGUAUGAAGUCACAAUCCAAGAUGGCGCUCCCCGUGAGGAGUAAUUUCAAGCGUCUUUUCAACUUCAUUCAGACGUUAAAGUCUUCUAACAGGUUAUUCUGCGCUGGAGUAGGUCAGCAGAAAAAGGAGCCUCCAGGAGGUGGGCGCAUGUUCUCUGGUAUCCAGCCGACUGGAGUGCCCCACCUGGGCAACUACUUGGGUGCUCUGGAAAACUGGGUGGCCCUGCAGAUCCAGUAUCCUUUAGUGCUCUACAGCAUUGUGGACAUGCACUCCAUCACCCAACCUCAGGACCCAAACCAACUCAGAAAUAACAUUCUGGACAUGGCAGCCAGUCUGCUGGCCUGUGGUAUCGACACAGAGAGAGUAAUACUCUUCCAACAGUCUCAGGUGUCCGAGCACGCCGAGCUCUCCUGGAUCCUCGGCUGUCUGACCAGUAUGCCCCGUCUGCGACACCUGCCACAGUGGAAGAUGAAGAGCAAAGUAAAGACAGAAGGCAGCGUUGGUCUCUACACAUAUCCUGUCCUCCAGGCUGCCGAUAUUCUCCUCUACAAGUCCACUCACGUCCCCGUUGGGGAGGACCAGGUCCAGCAUUUAGAGCUGGCUCAGGAUCUCGCUCGUAUCUUCAACAGCCGCUAUGGAGACCUGUUCCCUGUGCCUCGCACCCUGUUGAGCUCCGCACGAAAGGUCAAAUCCCUCCGUGACCCCUCCGCCAAAAUGUCCAAAUCCGACCCCCAAAAAAUGGCGACAAUCGCCAUCACGGACUCUCCUGACGACAUUGCCCUUAAAAUCCGUCGCGCUGUCACUGACCUUACCUCUGAGGUCACCUUUGAUCCGGAGACACGUCCAGGUGUGUCCAACCUGGUGACCAUCCAUGCUGCCAUGGCGAUGAUCAGUGUGGAGGAGGCAGUAUCACAAGCCAGGGGGCUGGACACCGGAGCCUAUAAGAAGCUUGUCUCUGAGGCUGUGAUCCAGAGGUUAACGCCCAUUAGAGCGGAGAUCGAGAGGCUGAGGGGCGACCCGGCUCACCUGGAGGGAGUGCUGGCUCAAGGGGCCCAGAGGGCUCGGGGGCUGGCUGCACCGGUUCUCAGAGAGGUCCGACAGCGUGUUGGGUUCUGCUGAGGGGCAGCUAGGCUGGAAAAUAAGGCCACGUUUAUACUGCUGACUUAGCUGCUGAAAUUAGAUGCUAAUGACUGUUUACAUCUCUGUGGCGGAUUGUCAAGGAUGCAAGUCUAAUAAAAGGUGUGGAAAGCAGCAGAGAAAACACAAACUAUUGUGUCUUCUGUUUGUCUCAUUGACAUGAAUGAGGAGGCUGCAGCUUUUAGUGCUGGUCUGAGCACAGCAAAACCAGAAGUCGCUUUUGUCUUUUGACAUGUCCACACUUGUUUUGAAGACACUGUCUGUUCUUUAUCUGCCUUUGUGUUUGUGUAUUGAUCUCAAAAUACCACAGGACCUCAGUAUUUUUGUCUCCUUCAAACCAGUUUUCAUCUCUGCUGCAUGGACGUGUUGUCACUCCUCAUGCCAAGGUGAUGUUAUUUUACAAUGUUAUUUCUUUAAAGAUUUGGGGAACAUGUCAAUACACAAUAUGAUUUCAUUUUUUGUAUAUUUCCAAGUAGUUUUUUCACCCUUGUCAUUGUCAUUGAAUGUGUUGCCAAUGCACCGUUUUACAUUUUAUGAAUCAACCCAAUAUUUUCACUGUAAAUGUCUGAUUUACAACCAUAUGACCCAACUAAUUAAACUAUACAUACACACAAACCUGAAUGAUAGAAUCGUGUGUGC